AUUUUUUAAAACAACUGCAGUUUAUCACAAACGACACUCCUCGGGACAUGUGUUCUCCAAAACUAAGGCCAGCACUGAGCCGGCUGAUCAUGUUCUCUACACACAGGAGCAUUUUGCACUGAAGGACUCUCUAAGAAAGGUUUUACGCCUUCCUGAUGCAACCUUCCCAUUUUUUUCCCUGGACCAGAACUGUGUGUUAACCCUUCAGAGGCUGGUUUGGGUGUCGGGCCAGGACUAGAACCCAGGCUGGGGCGGUAAGAGUGCAGGUUCCUGCUGCUGGACCACCAGGGGUCUAGGAAAGGAGCUAUACAGUUUACCAGUGUAUGGAAAAGUGUAGGAUUAGAUUCUAGCAAAAUACAGUUAGAGAACAGAUACAGACUGUUUGACUUAUUUAACUGUCUUUAGUACAUUUGAGUGCUUUAACAUUGUGUGCAAUUGGAGUUGUUUUAUAAUGUGUACAUUGCCAAGAUUUGAUUAUUUUAUUUAUUACUGUACAAAAUGACAUUAUACAAUAGAUACCCAUGAAGAAUUGCAAAAAAGGGGUAUUAAAUGGAAGGAGAGGAGGGCAAAUAUAUUUUGACACAGGACAUGACUGGACAGGAAGCACUGUGAACAGGAAAGUGCAAACUUAAGUAACUGUGACAUGAUGGAAAUAAGAGUUGAUGAAAAGAAUUAAUUUAUUCUGUGUCAUACUAUGUACUGUUGUGUAGAUGAUGGAAUUGCUCCAUUCAUAGCUGCGAAAUGAUAAAAACUGAUAAAAAAAAAAAGUGCAUAAGGAAUGAUAAAAACUGCUCACGUCAUUUAAGUUCAAACCAAGUCAGCAUGAAGAAAAUGCAUCAACAAAAAUUGCAGAAUAAAUGUAAUGUAGUCUUCAAUCUUGUCUAGAGAAUUUUCCGUUUUAUUUUUGGACCCACUGUAUGUGGUUGCUAGAAUACAUCCUAGAAACAACAUUUGCUCCACCUUUUUAUCCCCUGUUGUUGGUCAUUUUUACCAGUAAAUACAAAAAUUAAGGCUAGACUGUCCUUGUUUCCACCCUUGUGCAUAACAAUAGUAUGGAAUGGUUCCUGGAAGGAAAUGAUCUGUUUCACGGAAGGGACCUGGUAGGAAAUAAUUCAUCGGCAAUCGAUGCUACCAAAUUUUAACACUUUGUGAUUCAUAGUUAUUGAAGUAUAAUAUCCGUCCUUUGGUUCUGGAAAGUCCAUGUUCAUUUCUUCUGGAAAUGUUUUCUCAAACUUCAGUUUCUGGAGUAGAACCUGAUGUGGUUUUCUGCUUUUGUAGAACAUUCGGCUCAAGGUUCAACGUGUCGUGUUUUCUGAAACGCAUGUCUGUUCAUGACAGGUUUACCAUAGCUGUCCUGUCAGCUCGAAAAAUGAAAUUUAUCCUGCUGUUUGCUGGAUGUUUGUUUAUUUUUGCAUCAUUCUGUAUAAACACCAUAGACUGGUUUGCGAGGAAAGGCAAGUUUCAGCCAUCACGUUUUUUUAUGUUUUAUAUAAACAUUACCUGAAGCUUUUGACCUGUAUGCGCAUGCAAUGGGCUGCUGCCACAUGAUUGGCUGAUUGGAUAAUUGCAUGAAUGAGCAGGGGUACAGGUGUUCCUAUUAAAGUGGUCAGUAACUGGCAUUCAUGCUAGUUGGCUUUAGGCUAGUAUGAAUGAAUGCUGCAGUUCAUGCUCAAAUCAUCCUCAUGAGAGAUUCGUUCACUUUGUUGACAUUGUUACUACACCUACCAUGUUAACUAACAACUGGGUUUGAUGCAGCUAAUCUAUGUACAUUUGAAUAUGCAAAUUAAUAACAGUUUUAAAGCAGAGAAUGAAGUAGCACUGCAGAUCGCAUCUCUCUAAAACACUCAUCACUAAUUAUAUAGGUUGUGUUUUUUGCUUCUAAACAUACGCCAUUGAGUAAUAUGUUCCCUAAGGGGAAUUUUGAACGGUUAACGGUUUGAAGGGUACUAAGGGAACCUCAGUGAAAAACCCCUUUAGAGUGUAGAUGGAUACACAUCACAGUAUAACGCCAAGUCAAGGAUAUUAAUUUCUCCAGUUAGGAAGCAUAAGUGAUUGUGAAUCAGCUUCAGCUGCUUUGGUGUAAAUGAAACUGACAACAGGUUCACUGGAAAGGCAACAAGCAAGACAACCCUGCAAAAAAGGGAAUGGUUUUCAUUUCAUAGUUUUACUGGUGCUACUGGAUCUUAGUGCAGCUUUUGACACCAUUGACCGCACUGUUCUACUUGAUAGGUUAGAACAUGUUGUUGGUGUUAAGGGAACAGCCCUUUCCUGGCUCAGGUCUUAUCUGACUGACCAAUAUCAGUUUGUAGAUCUAGAUGGUGACUUCUCUAUGCAUACCAAGGUUAUGUUCGGUGUUCCACAAGGUUCUGUUUUAGGCCCAAUGCUUUUCUCCCUAUAUAUGCUACCCCUUGGUGCAAUUAUUCAUAAACAUGGUAUUAGCUUCCACUGUUAUGCCGAUGACACACAGCUAUAUGUCUCGGCUAAAUCAGAUGAGAGACACCAGCUUAUUAAGAUAGAAGAAUGUGUAAAGGACAUUAGACAUUGGAUGGCCACUAACUUCCUCCUGCUUAAUUCGGACAAGACAGAGGUGCUAGUACUAGGACCACAUGCAGCUAGAAGUGAGCUUUCUGAUUACAGAGUAACAGUGGAUGGUCUUUCGGUUUCAUCUUGUCCAGCAGUAAAAGUUCUUGGUGUGAUUAUUGACUCUGGUCUUUCGUUUGAUGCUCAUGUAGAUAAUAUCACUAGGGUAGCCUUCUUCCAUCUCAGUAAUAUCGCUAAGAUAAGAAAUAUGAUGUCACUUCAUGAUGCAGAGAAACUAGUUCAUGCUUUUGUUACCUCUAGGUUGGAUUAUUGUAAUGCCUUACUGUCUGGAUGUUCCAGUAGGAGCAUAAACAUGCUCCAGUUAGUCCAGAAUGCAGCAGCUAGAGUCCUAACUAGAACCAGAAGAUAUGAACACAUCACUCCUAUUUUAGCCACACUACAUUGGCUCCCAGUCAAAUUUCGCAUUAAUUAUAAAAUACUGUUACUAAUCUUUAAAGCACUAAAUGGUCUCACGCCACAGUACCUGAGCGAUCUUUUAGUCUUUUAUGAUCCGCCACGCCUACUCCGAUCAAAGGGUGCUGGUUACUUGGUAGUAACAAGUAGCAAAGGCUACAGCAGGGGGCGGAGCUUUCUCUUUCAAAGUCUAGGCUGAAGACACAUUUGUUUAGUCAAGCUUUUAAUAUAUAGUUCUUAGGUAAAGGAGCAGAUUUGGAAGGUUCAUGGGCAUAGAGUGUUUGGUGUACUGGGAUGUUUGGAUGAUGUCAUCUUACCACCCUCGCAAGUCGCUCAGGUUUGCUGACUGUGAAGUGGUUGGACGCCUUAUGUCCCGGGAAGCCUUCAUGUCUGUCACCUUCUGGCUCUCGCUUUUAGUUAUGCUGUCAUAGCUAGUCUUGCUGGAGUCCCUGCCUGCAUAACACACAUAAUCUACAUUGUCUUAAACAUCACACGAUCAGAAUCAUACUUAAUAUCUUUCUCUUUCUCUCUCUUUCUCUGUCGAGCUAUACACCCCACUCCUGAGUUCCCACUGGUUGCCAGUUCCAGUGUGACCACUGCCCUACCCCUGGUCAGAGUCUCGUCACUUGUCGGUGCCCACUGAUGCUGUGGAUGGAUCUGUGUGGACCAGGAGACAGCCAUGGACAGAGCCACUUGGGGACUUUCAUACAGUCACAGAUCUGCCAUUACAUCUGUCAGCUUGUGACAGCAAAGAAUUAGUGUCUAUAAUGACCUUAGAAACUACACUGAUCUAAUAGUUCCUCAUGGGCCAUUGAUUUCUGUUGUAGAAAGGACAUUAAUCAGUUACAGUUACAUUAUUUACUGCUUAGUGUCACCUAAAUGAGGAUGGUUUGCCUUCUGAGCCUGGUUCCUCUCAAGGUUUCUUCCUUAUUCCAUCCCAGGGAGUUUUUCCUUGCCACAGUCUUGCUCAUUAGGGAUAAAAUAGUUUAAUUAUUAAAUUUAAUGAUUUACUCUUAUUUCUAGUUAUUUAGUUAUUUUUAUUUAUUUAUUUUAUUUUAUUUUUAUUUAUUUUUCCCCUCCCCUUUCUGUUUUUCUUCUUUUGUAAAGCUGCUUUGAGACAAUAUUCAUUGUAAGAGGAGCUAUACAAAAUAAAUUGAAUUGAAUUGAACUAGACCAGUCUAGAUUCCGGGCUAGACUGGCUUUGCCGGCAUCCUUGUAACAAUAGUAAGAAAUAUUUCCUGGUAGGAAAUGAUCUGUUUCAUGUUAAGUUUCUGGUUUGUAAUCUAUGAAACACAAUUAUAGUAACUCUGCUUCAGGUUUAGUGAUUCAUCGUGAUUCCAGUAUAAUGUCUACAAAACUCGACUCCAUGCUGCUCCAAAGCAGUGGUUUUCCAGCUGUUCUGUAAGAGGGUCAGCUCUCAGUCAGUUUUGGCACUAGGCUUUAUUACAACUCUCAUUAGUGAUGUCGUUUCCACAGAAAAAACAUUAUGUGACGCAUGUUGAGGUUGGUCUCCUUCACAUGCUAUAAUGAAGAAUGUGAUGCAAAAGAGUUUAAAACAAAAUGACUCAAAUUGGCAAAAUACGCUUACUG